UCCGUGGGUUGUUUUGGAUCGCGCUCACACCACAUGGUGACUGCCUUGCUUCCUGACUGUAGCUGCGUCGCGUCCUUCACACUUCAACGCAGCUGCCCCGGUCUGUAGGGCUUCAGACAGUGUUGUGAAAGAUGUCAACGGGAGGUCAGACCACCGGCAGCCGGGCUAUCCCGGCCGUCAGACGGGUAUCCAUCCACGACGCUGCCCACAUGCCCCAGGACUACUCCACGACUCCCGGGGGGACUCUGUUCAGCACCACGCCAGGAGGUACCAGGAUCAUCUACGACAGGAAGUUCCUCCUGCAGUGUCGGACGUCUCCUCUGGCUCGUACGCCUCCCAAUUUGCCCGACAUCCCUGGAGUCACCAGGGCGCUCAAACACAACUCCUCCAACGACACAAGCCAGCCUGAACAGACACCCGGCGAUACCACCAACCACAGCCGGCACAGCGAGGAGAACGCAGUAGAUGCCCAGUUUGAAAUGGACAUCUGAGGAGGGUCAGCUGCAAGGAUAAAAGUGAUUCCCAACAUUCUUUUAUUGCUUUUUUUUGUACUUUCAUAUUUUACUGAGAUUAAAAAAAGAAUCCUUGGUUGAAA